UCAUACCCCUCUUCUUCUUUCCCAUACCUCUCACCGUCUUUGUUGAUGAAGAGAGAGUGGAACUGAAAACCCGUGGACAGAUUGACAGAAGGAGACAAACUUUGUUGGGUCUUCUUCGUCAGCUGCUUGGCGAGAUACAUGGUGCCGGUCCAGAUGUUGAACAACAUGUUCACGGACCAGGUCAAUCUGCGUGAUGCAGAAGGAGAUCUGCAGGCCGCUGAAACUGUUGUUCAGAUGAUGGAGACAGGCCAGAGAGUCGAAGAACUCAUAAAGCAAGGACGAUUAGUCCUUGAUUGGUAUGUCGCCGAGGGCCUUGAAAAACUAGACCGGGAAAGAAAAGAAAAGAAAGAAGAGAGGGUUGGAAGAAAAGAACCACAAUUGUCUGUGGAAUUGAUGGAGGAAAACAUCAGACAACUUGAAAACACAUUGAAAGAAGAAAGAAGAAAGAUUGAAGAGUAUAGAAGAUUGAAAGAACAGCAAGAAGAAGAAGAGAAAGUAAUGGAAGAAUUGAGGCAAAGGUUUCACUACGAAGAAGCAGGAAGUGAGGUUGCAUCUAUUCUCCAGUCUAUCAUGGUCUACCUCAUGCGUCUUGAAAAGAAGAUUGAGAAGAACACCGCCGCAGUUGAGUCCAUGACCAGAAUGAUGAAAGGGAACGACAAGGUGGUGUAUGAGGAGGUGGCCAAGGGGGAAGAAGAUAAGAAACCCCCGGAGAAACUAAUGAAGGAUGCAACGAAACGGACUUACUGUAGUACCGCACCCGUGGAACCCGAGAGUCAGGUUGCUUUCUCAACGUCUUGUUUAGGAAAAGUGGGCAAGGAAUGGGUGCUGGCUGAGGCCAAUGCCGCUGGCUUGAGGAUAUUGCUCGUGGCCGAAUCGAAAUCUGGUAAGUAUAAUUAUCGGCAUUUCCGCGACCUUGCUCUUCAGAGGGAGCAGAUGACCGCACAGGUCAAAGGUUCGUACGCUUCGGUUGUUAAGUCAGGACCGGUUGGUGGGUACGGCAAGCGGGUCCUUUGGCGGAAAAAGCGCCAGGACCAUAUGCUUGUGCUGUUCGACGACGAAACAGUAGAGAAGUUACCUCUUGAUGAGUCUGAGGGAGGAGGAGGUAACGGUGGCAGUGAAUCUGGGAAGGGUGAUGUCACUGCCGUAAUGGCCAACACGGGAGGCCAAAACCAGUGGAAGAAGAAGAAGAGGCCACGCUCGUUUCCCGAGCAUCCCGACAUUGCGUUUGGGAGACCUUGGAAAAAGAUGAACAUGACUAGGGAGGAAUGGCAAUCCAAGAUGGACAACCGCCAGUGCCUCAAGUGUGGCACCGUGGAGCAUGUGAUCGCUUGUUACCCAGCUUUCCGAUCGAUGGUAACAAAGAAAAAGUUGGAUCAGGAGGUGAUGAUGGUGCUUGUUAAGCGUGUAGGGCGUGGAGGGGUUGAGUGGCGAGGGGAGCAAGAAAUUGGAGGGCAAGCGCGGAUGAUAGCCAAGGUCAAGGUAGAAUGGAGACAUGCCGGUGGAAGGACAGACAACAUUGUUGUAGGCGAUCUCGGCGGCGGUGACCGACUGAUCCCAAUCGUGUUGAUGUGGAUGACAAUACUUCCGCAGGAUUCUUUGGAGAGUAUCAUUCAUCUUCUCGGUUUGUCCAUCGGUCUGUGGGUGGAAUGCAGUGCUAAACUUGAGCAUGGUUUCGUAGGCUUUAAAGAGGUGUGUCCAAAAUUGUGCAACGAAGCGAGGGUCACGGUCGCUGAUGAUGUUCUCGGGGAGACCGUGGUGGCGUGUGAGAUGGUCGAAGAAGAGAAUGGUGACGUCCUUGGCGUUAUGCAAUCUGGUGCAAGGGAUGAAGUGAGCGUGUUUAGUCAAGCGACAAACAAUGACAUAGAUGCAAUCAUGUCGGUGGUCGGUCUUGGGGAGACCGUAGACGAAGUCCAUGGAGAUGGACUGCCACCAGUGGGUGGGGAUCGAAAAUGAUUGUAGCUUGUCAGGCUUAGCGCG